AUGACACAUUCAGAUCGUGGCUUGAACUUGAAUGAUGUUUGGGCGAGAGUAUCCGAAGGUAUUGAACGUAUAUAUCGAAAUGAAGAAAUGUCACCUCACGCCUAUAUGGAGCUUUAUACUCAUGUUUGCAAUUAUUGUACAAAUACUACAGCACAAGCACAGCCAUCACGACAAUCAUCAAGACCAGCACAAAAAGUAGGCAGUAAUCAACGACAAAAUACUGUACAUGAUGGAGCGAAUAUUGGUGGUGAUGAAUUGUAUGCUGAAUUGAAAAAUUAUUUAAAAUCUUAUUUGGAAAAAAUUUGUGAAAAAGAAUUUGAUUUACAAGGCGAAGGUUUACUUCGUUUCUAUGCCACAAACUGGGAAUAUUAUCGAUUUUCAAGUAAAGUAACAAAUGGCUUUUGCCAUUUUCUAAAUCGACAUAGGGUACGACGAGAAUAUGAUUCAGGAAGGAGAGAUAUUUAUGAAAUUUUCACUAUGGCGAUGGAAAUUUGGCAACUUGUUUUCUUUCAACCAUUGCAAAGUCAAGUAACAUUAGCAUGUCUUCAAUUAAUCAAUGCCGAACGUCAAAAGGAAACCUUUAAUACUCGAUUUAUUCCAUAUAUGUCAAGCUUGAAACUUGAAUUCAAUUGA